AAUCAAGCAGAUAAAUAAUGUAGAAAAUCCAAUUUCAUUUAAUCCAAUAACACAGGUAAAUUCGAGUAAAUUAUCACAAUCUAAAUUCAGACAACUGGGCAUUUAACCAGGGUAAAGAUUUAACCAUGGUUAGGGUUUUUGAUCCCCAAACUCACCUAUGUCUCUAAUUCCUAUAAAUUGGGGAAAUCCCAGCUCUGUAAAUUUUUAAAGUAUAUUUUAUCGAACAAUUUAGAAGAUUCCUUUCUGCACAAGGGUUUCUCAAAUUUUGCAAGAAUAUAGUCUGUGUACAAUUCUUGUACUCUGGGAGACUAGAAAGAAAUUUUCUGUUCAUUUUUGUUUUGCAGGCGUCCCGCAGAUUCACAUUGCUGCAAAGCAGGUUUGGACAUUUCUAAAAUGGAAUGUAAUAAAGAUGACGCUAUCAAGUGUAAAGGUAUUGCCGAGAAGAAGUUAGAGAAUGAGGACAUAGCCGGAGCCAAUAAAUUUGCUUUAAAGGCUCAAAGUCUAUUUCCAAAUCUUGAGGGUCUUUCUGCGUUAUUGGAGGUCAUUAACCUCUAUGUUGCCUCUCAGAAGAAAAUAAAUGGAGAAGUAGACUUGUAUGGGAUUUUCGGUCUGGAUCCCUCUGUCGACGAUGACACAUUGCGUAAAAAAUACCGAAAAAUGGCUCUGGUCUUUCACCCUGAUAAAAACAAGUCCACUGGGGCUGCUGGAGCAUUCUUAAUUCUUACUGAAGCCUUUAAAGUCCUGUCAGAUAAGGACAAGAGAUCAGCAUAUAAUCUGAAGCUGAACUUAAGAGCUCCGAAUCCUCCAUUUCCAACUGACAGAAACGGUUUCUGUAAUUUCACCAGCAGCUCCAGCUCUCAGAAUGCUAGGAAUAUGGCGACCGAUUCCAAGACCCAGCACAUGCCAAAUCAGUCAAAGACUUCAACUACUGCCACCAGUUCACAUUUCAAUCCUCCACUCAAACCAAAAAAUUCAAAAGAUGCCACUGGUGUCCAACAUGUUCCCCGUCCAAAAAAAACAAAAAAAACUGCCGCCAGUCCUCGGUACGCUGCAACUCUACCGCGGCCAAGGAAUAUGAGAACUGCCACCAAUGUCCACGACAUUCCUGGUCGCAAGAAGACUUCCAAAACUGCCACCAAUUCUACAUUCGUUCGCACUCCAUCCAAGCCAAGGAAUUGGACAACUGCCCAGCAUGCCCCUGCCAGCAAUCUUCGUCCGAUCCCCUGUCCUCCAUCAGGACCUGAAACAUUUUGGACAUCAUGCGCUAGGUGCAGGAUGCAAUAUGAGUACCCAAAGAUUUAUCUCAACCAGCAUCUUCUCUGCCCCUGCUGUCGGGAGGCUUUUUUUGCAUUACAGAAGCCUGCCCCCCCACCUGGAAGCAUUCAUAGUUCACCUGGUUGUUGUGCCUUCCACCAUCAGAAGCAAGGUAUGUCUGCCUCAUCUGGGGGUUCUGGAAGUGUGACAGCUUCAGAUGCCAGAGCCUCACAGAGGGUCCAGUCAGUUUUUGAUAGUGUCAAGAGAGGGUGUGAAGAGGCAGUAGCUAUGGCGGGGAGUGAGGAGGCUCUACAGAAGAAUAACAUUGCCCCAGAUACAACUGAUGCUUCCUCAGCUUCUGAGAAGCCAAUGAAGAAGAGGCAUGAAGAUGGACAGAACUGGAAUGAUGUCAAAGAAAGAAACCCAUUGACAGAACGUAAUAUGGCCGCCCAUAGAACCUCUCUCGAAAUCUAAAGGGUAAUUUGGAAGGAUAUGCCUGACUGUCAGAGAAGAACCUGGAUACUCACUAUCGGCUAUUAAUGUACCCUUUUUGGUAUUGUUAUUUAGUUUCUCUCACAUUUUGGUACUGGAGACUGUUGAGAGGCGUAGGCUGUGAAGUUGAUAGUGGCUGUUGAAAACCUUGAUAAUAUGUUUUGUAGGGAGGAUUGCAUAGCACAAAAUAGUGGCAGUGAGAAAAAAAAGAAGCUAUAAUUUUGUUGCUUAGAACAUACAUCGACAGUCGUUGAAAGCACAUGUAGUAAUGAAGCUUGUUUUGUCUGGUAUGGUCUGUUUUCUUAGUCCACAUAUUCAAAUGCAUUAUUUUGUGGAAUCCUUACUCAUAAUCUGGUACAUUUUAUAUCAGAUAACCAUAUGCUUCUGAAGUGAA